GAAACACACCCCUAUUACAAGUGGCGGAACCGAAACUCAUUGAACAAAUUCUUGUUAAAGAUUUUCAUAUAUUUUCGGACCGAAUGUCAAUUUCCAAAAGCAAAGAACACCCGAUUGUGGGGAAAAUAUUGGCUGAACUUCAGGGCGACGACUGGAAGAGAGUCCAAUCCAUAGCCAGUCCUGUAUUCACUUCCAGCAAAAUGAGAAAAAUGUGUCCAUUGGUCAGACAGUCUGUGGAGGGGUUUAUGAAUACAUUGAGUGAAUACCUGAAAAAUAAACAUGAGGUUAAUGUUAAGGAUAUGUACGGCUGUCUAACUAUGGAUGUGAUUGCAAACUGCGCUUUCGCUACAAAAACCAAUGCUUUCAAAGACCCAAACAAUCCAUUUGUAGUUCAUGAAAGAAAUGCGCUUAAAUUUUCGUUUUUGAAAUUUAUUUCUAUGCUUUUAUUGCCUCAGUUUGUGUUAAAUAUAUUGAAAUUUAGAACUUUAAUGAAUGAAAAGUCAGUCGAUUUUUUCUCUACAAUUUUACGACAAAUAUUGGGAAUUAGAGAGAAAUCAGAGACAAAAUACAAUGAUUUGAUUGAUCUCAUGAUGAGAGCAAAGGAAGGAAAGGAAAACAUUAAUGAUGAGAGCGAUAGACAUGAGUUUCAUCAUAUCUAUGAGGACGAAGAGGAAUUUGAAAUUACGCGCAAAAUACUGAACAUAAAGCCAUCGAAUAAAUUCAUAACAGAGGAUGAGAUGAUAGCGCAGGGAUUGGUUGUGUUUAUAGCCGGAUAUGAGACCGUAGCCACCACUCUGUCCGUCUGUUCCUAUGAAUUGGCACUCAAUCCAGACGUUCAGCAAAACCUAUACGAAGAAGUGAUGUCUUCGUUGGACACAAACGGAGAGAUUGAUUACGAAGUGUUGACAAAACUCCCGUUUUUGGAUGCAGUCAUCGCUGAGACUCUUAGACUUCAUUCACCUAUUGUUAAAGUAGGAAACAUUGCGGCACAAGACUACAAAUUGGGAAACACUGGGAUUAUUAUACAAAAGGGACAAACAGUGGAAAUACCGAUCUAUGCUAUUCAUCACUCGAAGCAAAACUAUCCAAACCCCGAAAUGUUUAUUCCCGACCGCUUUCUACCCGAAAAUCGUCACAAAAUAAUUCCCUACACUUAUCUGCCCUUCACUUCCGGUCCUCGAAAUUGCAUUGGAAUGAGGUUUGCAUUAAUGGAAGUGAAGUUAUGUUUGGCUCAUAUCAUACGGAGGUUUCAGUUUAGCCGAUGUCCACAAACAGACGUUCCCUUAAUAUUAAUUGGCAAUCUAUGGGAGCGUUUGUUGACACCACUGCCCGAUUUGGAAAUCAAAUGGCAACGAAAAUACGGCAAAAUUUAUGGAAAGACAUUAUCCCGAAGCAAACAACACCCGAUUGUCGGCAAAAUGUUAAGUGAACUUCAGGGCGACGACUGGAAGAGAGUCCGAUCCAUAACCACUCCUGUAUUCACUUCCGGCAAAAUGCGGAGAAUGUAUCCAAUGGUCAGACAGUCUGUGGAGGGGUUUAUUAAUGCAGUCAAUGAAUACGCGAAAGACAAACAAGAAGUCAAUGUUAAGGAGAUGUACGGCUGUCUGGCUAUGGAUGUGAUCGCAAACUGCGCUUUCGCUACAAAAAUCAACGCUUUUAAAGAUCCAAACAAUCCGUUUGUAACUAACGCGAAGGAUGGAAAAGACAACAGUAAUGAUGAGAGUAAUAGACAUGAGUCUCAUCACAUCAAUGAAGAUGAAGAAGAAUUAGAGAUAAAUAAGAAAAUAUUGAAUAUAAAGAAAACAAAUAAAUUCAUAACAGAAGAUGAGAUGAUAGCGCAGGGGUUUGUUGUAUUUGCCGCCGGAUAUGAAUCAACAGCCACU